AGCUCCAGGAAACUGUGGAGGACAGAGUGAAGACUCAGCAGUCUGACCUGUUUGAGCUAUUGGGAGAUUUUCUUCACUCUGAGGAAAAUGGCUUCUCAUUCAGAGGAGGAUCUGUGCUGUUCUGUCUGCCAUGACAUCUUCAAACAUCCUGUCAUCCUGUCAUGUAGCCACAGCUUCUGUAAAGCCUGUCUGCAGAGCUGCUGGACAGAGAAACAAACCCAGGUGUGUCCAGUUUGUAAGAGGAGAUCUUCAAAGCAUGAACCGCCCUGUAACUCGUUGUUAAAGGACCUGUGUGAGGUUGUCUUACUGCAGAGAGAUCAGACACUUUCAUCAGACUCUGAGGCUAUCUGCAGUCAGCACUCUGAGAGACUCACACUGUGCUGUCAGGAUCAUCAGCAGCCAGACUGUCUCGUCUGCAGAGACUCUGAAAAACACACCACCGACGUAUUCAGACCCAUCGAUGAAGCCAAGCGAGAUCUCAGGGACGAGCUCCAGAAGUCCCUGCAGCCCUUAAAGGACAAACUUGGACAAUUUGAAAAUGUCAAAGACAGGUGGAAUCAAACGGAAAAACACAUCAAGACCCAGGCUGCUAACACAGAGAGGCUGAUAAAGGAGCAGUUCAAGAAGUUUCACCAGUUUCUAGAGGAGGAAGAGGAGGCCAGAAUAUCUGCACUAAGAGAGGAAGAGGAGCAGAAGAGCCAGAGGAUGAAGGAGGAGAUAGAGGCUUUGUCCAGAGAGAUAGCAGCUCUUUCAGACACGGUCAGAGCCACAGAGGACGAGCUGAGAGCUGCAGACGCCUCAUUCCUGAAAAACUACAAGGCUGCAGUGGAAAGAGUCCAGCAGUGCCCCCUGCAGGAGGAUCCACAGCUGCCCUCAGGUGCUCUGAUAGAUGUGGCUAAACACCUGGGCAACCUGAGCUUCAACAUCUGGGACAAGAUGAAGGACAUGGUCUCCUACAGUCCAGUGAUUCUGGACCCAAACACUGCUAACUCAGACCUCAUCCUGUCUGAAGAUUUGACCUGCAUGAGAUACGAAGAGACACAACAGCUGCCUGAUAAUCCAGAGAGGAUUGAUCAGUUUGGCGCCAUCCUUGGCUCAGAGGGGAUCAAGUCAGGGAUUCACACCUGGGACGUCGAAGUUGGUGAGAACAAGUACUGGGAAGUGGCCGUGUGUAAUGAGUCUGCAGACAGGAAGGGGCACGUGUGCUAUGGAUUGUGGAGAAUUAAGUUGAUUUAUGACAGACACAAAGCGUUAACCCCAACAUGUGACUGCACUGAUCUGUCUCUCGCAGUUCCUCCUCAGAGGAUCAGGGUUCAUCUGGACUGGGAUGGAGGGAAGCUCACAUUUUAUGAUCCUGACACGAAAACACACCUUCACACCUUCACACACACCUUCACUGAAACGCUGUAUCCAUUCAUUUGGACCUGUGACCCUCCUCCUCUGAAGAUAUUACCAAGGAAAGUUUCUGUAGCAGUCAAAGAUGACAACAGUUGGUCAGUAUUUGACUGUUAAAUAUUAAUUUAAAAAAAACUGUCGUUGCAAUUGCAUUAAUGCAAUGGCAGUCUCAGGACAUUUGAUGUGUCAUUAAUUUUUUGCAGAUAUAAGUUGUGUGCUCUACUUGACUGUAAUUCAGAUAUGAUCUAAAAAGUAUGGAUUUAUUGUUGCAAAACUCAGUAGUGCAUUUUAACAUUUUGAAAGCCUGGCUUGUUAAUUUUGGACUCAGAUUUUUCUUAAAACUUUCCAUUAAAACCUGCCUUUGUGCUCAAAGCUCUGCCUCAUUGUACUUAGAUUUCCUCUGUGCUAAAAUUUUUUGCUUGUUCUCAAAUUUUUGCUGACAUGCCAUGCACUCAUGCUCAAACCUUUCUCUUCUUAUUCUCUGAUUUUUCGGAAUUAGAACGUACGAAACUUUUUCUGAACAUGCUCAAAACUUUUUGUUUUGUUUGUGCACAGAGAACUUUGUAUGUGCACACAGACAAAGUUUGCACUGAGUAAAUUCAGGGUAAUCUGCUAAAGUUCCGUCUAUGCUUACAGGGAAAAAAAACUGUGGCAUAAAUGCAGGCUUUCAUGAAAAGUUUGAAAAAAACAAAGCAAAAAAAAAAAAAAAAAAAAAAAAAGUGUCUCAAAACAUUUAAAUGCACUUUGCGACAGUUUUGUAACAAUAUUUACUCCGUAAAAAUCUGUUUUUUUGUUUUCUGGAAUCAUAGAAGGCUGAUCCUUCUCCUAACCAGGCAUGGUACCAGGAUUACAAUCCCAGAUGGGCACUUACUGUAUUUUAUCUGUUAAUAUCAAUAGUUAGAGCUAUCCACCCUAUAUAUUAUAUUCUGUGCUUUAAAGCAGUGGUUCCCAACUUGUUGAGUCAUGGGACCCACCUUCAACUACUGAGGGAGAAUUGUGACCCAAAUUUUGGAGAUCUUGUUUGAUCAAUAAGAAGUAUUUAAUGAAAAACUAGUAGAGCUUGGGCCUAAGACAGUAAAAAAGGUGUAACAAAACAAAUGAAACAGGGGAGAUGAAUGAGAGAGAGAGCGCCUAAAUUGCCUUUUAAUGAGAGAGCAGCCCACUGUUUACGAGUUCAUAUCAACAGACAGGCUUUUUAUUCUUUUAAGUUCAUUUAGAGAUGAUUGUUUCCCUGUGUUUAGUCUGUUUUCGUAUUGUCAAUAAGAAAUACUACUCCAGCUAUGAAAGUAGACGGUGACUCUCUCUAGAAGCAGUGUCAGUGUCUGUGGACAGGAUCGAUGAGGAAAAAGUGCUCAUAAAUCCUUGUGAAGUUUGCUGUCUUUUAUCUGGGUGACAGUUGAGUCCCAGUCCUUCACAUGUAGCCUUCUCUGCCCCUUAUUGAUCCAUGUGAUGUGUGAGUGUGAGGGCGACCACGCUAGUUGUACAAGCCUGAGCUCAGUAAAGCGGUCUGAUUUGAUUGGUUAAGACCUCACACAUGA